AUGGGCACAGGGAAGAAGAAGAUAGAAAUCAAGCAAAUCAUCAAAGAAGGAUCAAGAAUGGUAACAUUCUCAAAAAGACGUAAAUGGCUUUUCAAGAAAGCUUCACAACUCGAAUCCAUGACCAAUGCUCGUGUCGCCAUUAAUGGUCUAUGUGAUUGGUUGGAGAAAAUAGAUGUUGAAGAAUGUGGAAAUUUGGAUGAGUUGUUGUUGUUGAAGGAGCAAUUGGAAGGAACAAGAGAUAAGCUUGCUGAACAUUCUGAGUCUUUUGAGGCUUUAUUUGUGUGA